UUUUAAAUAGUAUUAUUAUUAUAUAGAGAGACGCGGCAACGCUCUUCUCUUUCAUAUAGAGAAAGAGAGUUCCGAUUGUUCUGGAUUCUUAUUAUACGGCGGCGUUAUUCUCACUGUCACCGGCGAAUAACCUCUGUCUCUCUCUCCCUUUUCCUCUACAACAACAGUAGCUGUUUAGUUUCUCUUCGGUUUCUCCGAGUUGCUCUGUUUUCGUCGUCGGUUCUUGAAAUCUUUUAUUUUUUAUUUUUUUGAUGUUUUCAGAUUGUGUAUAGCUUAGCUUUGGAAGAAUUAAAAAAAAAAAAAAAAGGAUGAUGAAGAUAUUGGAUCUGUUCAUCACUUCACUUAAACCAGUUGUGGAGAUUCUUUUGAUAACUUCUGUCGGAUUCUAUUUGGCUCUUGACGGUGUCAAUCUUCUCGGUCAAGAUGCUCGUAAACACUUGAACAACAUUGUCUUCUAUGUGUUUAGUCCUACGCUUAUCGGAAGCCGUUUAGCUGAUAGUGUUACUUACGAGAGCUUGGUGAAAAUGUGGUUUAUGCCGAUUAAUAUUCUGUUCACGUUCAUGAUUGGUUCCUUCUUGGGUUGGCUUGUUGUUGUCAUCACUAAGCCACCUCGGCAUCUUCGUGGUCUCGUUGUUGGUUGUUGUGCUGCUGGGAAUUUGGGGAAUCUGCCACUUAUCAUUGUCCCAGCGGUUUGUAAAGAAAAAGGAGGUCCCUUUGGAGAUCCUGAGAGUUGUCAGAAAUAUGGACUGGGUUAUGUUUCUCUCUCUAUGGCUAUAGGAGCUGUUUACAUAUGGACUUACGUGUACAAUCUUAUGCGUGUGCUAUCCAACUCUCCUGUUGAAAUCCCACAUGACUCUGUUGAAUCGAACUACGACAGCUGCAAAGUCCCACUCAUUUCUUCACCGGAAGAAGAAGAAGAAGACUACCAUAAGGUUGGUAGGUGGGAAAAAGUCAAGCGAAGAGUUGUUUCACUGUCAGAGAAAGUCAACCUUGGGACAAUAUUUGCUCCAUCAACUAUUGCUGCGAUGAUCGCGCUUGUGAUCGGGAUCAUCACUCCUAUAAGAAAGCUAGUAAUCGGCACAGAAGCUCCUCUCCGGGUUCUUCAAGACUCAGUAACUCUAGUGGGAGAUGGGGCCAUUCCUGCUAUUACCUUGAUUAUUGGAGGAAACCUACUCAAAGGUAUGAGGAGUUCAGGAAUGAAAAUGUCCAGCAUUAUCGGCGUCCUCGUUGCGCGUUACGUUUUGCUGCCUAUUUGCGGUGUUUUAAUCGUAAGAGGAGCAUAUAAGUUGGAUUUAAUCACGAAAGAGCCCUUGUACCAGUUCGUUCUUCUUCUUCAGUAUGCUGUCCCACCAGCUAUGAAUCUAGGUACAAUUACUCAGUUAUUUGGAACUGGGGAGAGUGAAUGCUCAGUGAUGAUGCUCUGGACUUACUCUUUAGCUUCGGUUUCACUCACUGUUUGGCCCACAUUCUUUAUGUGGCUUGUGGCCUAAGUCUCCAUACUCAUCUUGUUAUACGUAUCCCAUAUUCAUUCAAUAAUUGUUCUUAGACUUCUAGGUGAUUGGAUCAUGUAUAAUAGAGAAUAUAUAUACUCUUAAAAUGAUAUAAGCUUUUUAUACA